AAAGCUUCUCCUUCUCGAUGAUCCAAAAGACGAAUCUCUCUUUCUCAGAUCGUAUGAUCUGAUCCGAAGAGAAGCUAAGGAAGAAGAUGGGAAUCGUCUUCACGAAGCUCUUUUCCUCCGUGUUUGGAAACAAAGAAGCUCGCAUCCUCGUCCUAGGUCUCGACAAUGCUGGAAAAACCACCAUCCUCUAUCGCCUUCAGAUGGGAGAAGUUGUCUCCACGAUCCCGACUAUUGGAUUUAACGUGGAGACUGUGCAGUACAACAAUAUCAAGUUUCAGGUCUGGGAUUUAGGUGGACAAACGAGUAUCAGGCCGUAUUGGAGAUGCUAUUUCCCAAAUACACAAGCAGUGAUUUAUGUUGUUGAUUCGAGUGAUACUGAUAGAAUUGGAGUGGCCAAAGAAGAGUUCCAUGCAAUUUUGGAGGAAGAGGAACUGAAAGGUGCAAUGGUUCUUAUAUUUGCAAACAAGCAGGAUCUACCAGGCGCCCUUGACGAUGCAGCUGUGACAGAGGCCUUGGAGUUGCACAAGAUAAAAAGCCGUCAGUGGGCUAUAUUCAAAACUUGUGCUGUGAAAGGCGAAGGACUUUUCGAAGGCCUAGACUGGUUGAGUAAUACUCUCAAAUCAGGGACUGGCUAA